GGGAGGCCAUGGAGAGACCCGUGAGAGUGAAGGCUUGGGUGGAGGAGAACCGGGCCUCCUUCCUGCCCCCGGUCUGCAACCAGCUCCUGGCGGCUCCUCAAACCACACAGCUCCAAUCACUAACACCUCGACAAGCCGGAGACUGCCAAGUGUUUUCACAUCACCUCAUUUAAUUCUCCCAGUAGCCCCAUGAGGCACCAGAAGCAGCUCAAAAUCAUGUUCGUCGGGGGUCCCAACACCAGGAAGGACUACCACAUCGAGGAGGGUGAGGAGGUGUUUUACCAGCUGGAAGGCGACAUGCUUCUCCAAGUCCUGGAGCAAGGGAAACACCGUGAUGUGGUCAUUCGGCAGGGAGAGAUCUUCCUCCUGCCCGCUGGGGUCCCCCACUCUCCACAGAGGUUUGCCAACACAGUGGGGCUGGUGAUUGAGCGGAGGCGGCUGAAAACGGAGCUAGAUGCGCUCAGGUACUACAUAGGCGACACCACUGACGUCCUGUUUGAGAAGUGGUUCUACUGCGAGGAUCUCGGCACACAGUUGGCCCCCAUCAUCCAGGAGUUCCUUAGCUCUGAGCAGCACAGAACAGGAAAACCCAACCCUGACCAGCUGCUCAAGGAACCGCCAUUCCCCCUGAGCACACGGUCCGUCAUGGAGCCCACGUCCCUGGAGGCCUGGCUGGAUGACCACCGCAAGGAGCUGCACGCUGGCAUACCCCUCAGCCUGUUUGGGGACACCUAUGAGACCCAGGUGAUGGUCCAUGGACAAGGCAGCAGCGAAGGCCCAAGACAGGACGUGGACGUCUGGCUGUGGCAGUUGGAGGGCUCCUCGGUGGUGACGAUGGAAGGACAGCGCCUGAGCCUGACCCCUGACGACAGCCUCCUGGUGCCAGCUGGGACCGCGUAUAGCUGGGAACGAGGGCAAGGCUCCACGGCCCUGUCUGUGACUCAGGACCCUGCCCGCAAGAAGCCCCUGGGGUGACUGAUCCUCAUGCUGCGGGCCCAGAGCAGCCACAGGGUGCCCCCGAGCGCCACCCCUGCCAAGUAACUCUCCCAGCCCCACCGCUUCUACGUGCACUGCUGCCGAGUGACUCAGCGUCUCCCGGGCCGGGUCCUGGACACCACUGUCAUCCAUCCUCCUCCUGUCCUCUCCAGGACGCCAGGUUCCUGGGGGCCGUAGCUCCCCUUCCCCCCUAACAGCCUUCAGCCCACUGCCCUGCAGGGUUCUGCCGGGUGGACUGCCCCCUGAGGCCAGGGUCCUCUCCAUCCCUCUGUCCACAGGCUCAGCGCAGCACUUGCCUGCUGCCAAGAAGGUCCUCAGUAAAGGCUUCCUGACAGGCACCUAUGGGUCUGCACACACACGGCCUGUGAUCUUUGGCAGACACCUGGUGCUCCCAUGACUGUGUGUGUGUGCGGGGCGGGGAGGGAGAUCUGGAGCACUGGGUGACCGUGGACCUUGUGGAGGGUCUGUGACCGGGUUCCCCUGCUUGUAGAGAAGCGCUCAUGCUGUGUGUGUGGCCCCUCCAUGCGAGCUCCUAUGCCCGUCCUGGGGCACAGCUGAUGUUGUCCCUCUGCCUCUUUCUCUUUCUCACUUACUCUUUUUACAUAACUUUAAAAUAUAGCAUCUGUUGAGGUUUCUCUCCCCAG